AUGGCGGGUGACAUGGAGGAGGAACGAUGGAGAAAGAGUCGCCUACAAACAGCGUCAUGGUUUCCUCCGCCGAACUCUUCUCUUUCUAGCUCGUACAACCCGAUUCAUCACUCGUCGUCUUCCCUGAGCUCGCUUCCAGACUCUUCGCAAACAGGAUACGAAAGCUCAUAUCAACACGCACAGCAAAACCUAACCGGCACAGCCCCUGCUAGCAGCGAACAGUUUUCCUCUAUCGAUACUGCGCACUCGCACUUCUCCUUCUACCGUCCUUCUUCCUCGUCUUUUGAUGCUGCUUGUAGCUCAGGUCCAUGGGAUGAAUUCGAAAGCGCUAAAGCAGAACAAGCAGGUGUGCUUCAGUUUGAUAUGCCGUUAACGCACAACGCUUCCUCUUUUGGAUUCCUGGAUGAGAUUCCACAGCGGCAAAGCAACAGUUUCAACUUCGCACCGAGUGAAGCAAACAAUUCAACACUCAACACAAACUUUGGUUAUACAGGAGCUAACAAGUCAAUGGGGCCGAGUGCCAGCGCAGCAGAAGCCAUCACGGACGAGGAUAGGUGGUUUCUUGAACAGUCUGCAGCGUUGAAGAAUCUCAACAGCAGUGCGGCAAAGCAGCUGGCAGAAGCAUUCACUGUGAAUGCAGCGCCGACUAUGCCUGUCGAUGCGUUUGUCGAAAUGUCGUCUCCUAGCAAUGCUUCCAGCUGCCCGUCACCGAAGCUUGAGAUCAUCGGAGACAGCCAAGGAGUUUACUUGCCAUUUGAUGAAUCCUUGAAUGUUGUUGCUACCAAGAAGCAAGCAAGGUCGAAGAGAGGGCAGUACACUUCGAACCCGUGUGCUGAAUGCCGAAUGAAGAAACGAAAGUGCACCAGCACAAGGCCUUGUGCGAUGUGUAUUGCAUCUGGGAAUGCAAGCAAGUGUGUCUCCUCGGACUCAGUGGGAAAGUCUUUUGUCGAAAGAAUCAUCUCAGGUUGUCGAGAAGUGAGGUUCGAGCACGACGACAGGAUGAUUUCAACAUUGAUGUCCUUAAAGAGCGCCGCGGAGCGGACGGGAGUGAACUUUGCCUUGUUAAGGAUCAUGUGGGAGCUUGGUCAUGAUCCCUCGGCGCUGAUACAAGCGUUCAAGAUGCUGCCAACGGACGUCAAGUCCGCUAUAGAUGAAUCUGUCGAUACCAUGCAGUCUGUUGUGCGCAUGAAGCUGUCAGCGAUGAAUUUGCACACAGACCUUAACGUUGUACGUGAUCAGCAGAACCUCGGAAGGGUGAACCUGUUUCAGAUGCGUUCCAAACAAGCAGGUAGCAUCAAGGACGAUGAAUUUUGUGAUGGAAGGUGGGGACAUGGACGUUGGAUAACCAUGUUCGUAGAUCCAGACACCCUGAUGCGAACUGGUUUCAAGCUCGGGAAUGAGAUUUGUGAGCUUUUUGGAUAUCACCCGGAAGAAUUUGUGGCCAGACAAUGCAAUAACGAGCUGAAUCUGUUGAUGAGCGAGUACGAUCUACUGUGGGCCCUGCUCAACAACCUUCUGAACGUGCUUCAUCCCACCGUCACGUGGUACUGGAGGAUAGCCAAGCGGAACGCUACGUCGGAGCACGAUGCUAUCUUGUUCCUAAAGGUGACUGUGGAGAAGCACUUUGACUCUCUCAACAGACAAGUCGCCUUCACCGUCCUGUUUGACCCUGUCGAUGAAGCUGAGUUCAGCAACUUCAUGUCCAAGGUCCCUGGCAUGGACGACCACUCGCAGUCUAGUAUGGCUGAUCACAUGAAGGACGUGCAGUGUCGAGGGAAGAUUGCCUACCUCCGCCGCUCGAGGACGAACGGAUGCCAGAAGCUCUCUGCUCUUGCUUCAGGCUUACGAGAACGGGUCGCGCCGCUGGUUGGGAUGCUGCAUCCUUCGGACCCGAACAAGAAUGUGCAGGAAGAGCUAUCCCGCGUUCCCGAGGACACACCGAAGACUUUGAAAUACUCUGCAUGGAAGAGCUGA